AUGGAACCCCGAUGGACUUCCGAGAUUGGGCAGAUAAUGCAGACGAAUGCUAAAGAAGAGAACAAACUCAAGCUACAGAUUAACAGGAUAAAUAGCGCAAAGAGAGUGCAACUGGAUAAAAUUGAUCAAGAGAUGAUGACACUGCGUAAGCAGUUACUCGAUGAUCGUAAAAUUCUCGGUACUCGAAGUGAUAUCAAAAAACGCGACGAGAAAAACGGAGAUGAGGAAGGUCAGAAGGUUAAAAUUGUGGAGCCAACCUUUGCGGGAUUCCAGAAACCCGAUGCUAUAGACCGAAAUGGUUUUAAAACUUUUCAAGAACGCUCGCGUCAAAGAGCUAUUGAGCAACAGGAAUCUAGACCCACUCCAAGUAGAAUGAGGGCCACUGAAAAAGAUGGAAAUAACAAUUUCAGGAGAAAAAUGUCUGAUUUGGGAAUGCUACCACCAUCGUGUUCAACUCCGUCGAUUCGGGGCGGUCGUCGCCACUCCAUAGCAGAGAUCAAUUUGAAUGAUACACUUCUGAGUAAAAUUUGCGCACAGACAAAUACCAGCAGUUCGCCCAUCAAAAAAGGUGCGUCUGGAGCGCUCAUGACAGGAGCAGACGUUAAAAUCGAUCAUCCUCGUUUGCGGCAAAGAAGAGGAAGCCUUCCCCCCGCUAUGACGUACGAAAGGGACCACUCCAUGGAUUUGCCUAAAAUAAAAAAUAUGAAAUUUCAACCUGAGCGAGGCAGCAAAUUGGAGAGUGAAAAAGAGAGCAAAAUGAUGAGUCAUAUGGAUAUGAAAUUAGCAAACUUUAGCAGAAGAAGGAGAAAUUCUCUACCAAACUUCCACAUUUUACCCCCGAAUAGAGAUUCAAUGGCUUGUAAAGAGCGUUUAACAGCUAAACUGAUACACACUAAGCCAAAAUCAAGGAGUGCAGUUAGCAGAAAUGUUACAUCACCGACUAAAUCGUCCAUUUUUGGGAGAAAGUUCAAGAAGAACCCAACGCCCGUCACUGAAAAAUCUGAUGAAGGAAAAUCUGAAAAUGAACAAAGUGAUGAAGACGAUGAAAGCUUAUCGUUGGACCGGCCAUCCCUGGCAGAGGCAAAUGAACCUGGCCCGGAUGAACCACUUUCAUGUGAACAAGAGCUUAGCUUCAUCCCAAAAGCCACACUGAAAGAAAAGAUGGAUAAGUUUUUCCUUGAAUGGGUGGAUGAACCGGAAGAGGAACCAAGGAUUGACAUAGAGGAACUUUUGCAAGAGUUCCGAAAAGAGAAAGAGGAGAAACAACAGCAAAAAUCAAGUGAUGCUGAAAAAGAUUUAGAGAUAAGAUGUAUUGAAAAAGAUUUGUCGCAAUGUUCAGGACUGGAAAGUUUUCCCGUGGAAGAAGAGAAGUGA